AUGAAUGCCCAUGUGGAACAAAAUGCCCAGACCCUCAGAUCAGAGAUGCCAGCUGUCUUUGAUGGCAUGAAGCUGGCUGCAGUAGCCACUGUGCUGUACAUCAUAGUGCGCUGCCUCAACCUAACAAGUCCUUCAGCAGCCCCUAAAAUCACCUGUCAGAAUACACCUCUUAAUCACUACCUGCUCAAAUCCUGCUCUAUUCUAACCAAACAGUACGUUCCACCAUUACUGUGGGGUAAGAGUGGACAUUUUCAAACUGCGCUCUAUGGAAAGAUGGGCCGAGUGUACUCUCCUGAGCCCUGCGGCAUGCGUUUGUAUCUUCCAAUGCAUGAUGGUGCUACAGCCACGUUUGACCUUUUUGAGCCCCUUGGUGAUCAUAUAACAAGUGAUGACAUAACCAUGGUGAUCUGCCCAGGGAUCGGUAACCACAGUGAGAAGCAUUAUAUCCGUACCUUUGUGGAUUACUCCCAGAAGCAGGGCUACAGAUGUGCUGUGCUUAACCACCUGGGGGCCUUGCCAAACAUUGAACUCACAUCUCCACGGAUGUUCACCUAUGGCUGUACCUGGGAGUUUUCAGCCAUGGUGAGCUACAUCAAACGUACAUUCCCUCAGACCUGGCUCAUUGUGGUGGGCUUCAGUCUAGGUGGGAACAUUGUGUGUAAGUUUCUGGGAGAGAACCAAGCCAAUCAGGACAAGGUGCUAUGCUGUGUCAGUGUUUGUCAGGGCUAUUGUGCUCAGAGGGCCCAUGAAACAUUUAUACAGUGGGACCAAUGCAGGAGAAUUUAUGACUUCUUCAUGGCUGACAAUAUGAAAAAAAUCAUCCUGUCCCACAAAAAAAGCUUGUUUGGAGCACAGUCUGGCAAACUGGAUGUUGAAGAUUUAAGGUGUCUCUACAUGGCCACAUCUCUUACGCAGAUUGAUGACUGCAUUAUGAGAAAGUUCCAUGGUCAUAAUUCUUUAAAAGAAUUCUAUGAGAAGGAAAGCUGUGUACAUUACAUUCACAAUGUUAAUGUUCCUCUUCUCAUGAUUAAUUCAUCAGAUGACCCGCUUGUCCAUGAGUCUCUUCUGACUAUACCUCAUACCCUAGCAGAACACAAAGAGAAUGUGAUGUUUGUGCUGACACAGCACGGAGGCCACAUGGGCUUCUUUGAGGGCACCAUGCUCUUCCCUCAGCGUCUUACCUGGAUGGACAAAGUCAUCAUCGGUUAUGCUAAUUCCAUCUGCCAGAGGAAGAAGGAGCACCAGGCCAUAGUGUAUCACCAAGCCAUGGAUUGCACAGAACUCAAAGGCAAAGCUUAGCAAAGGUCAGCCAUUUUCACUCAUAAGUGUAACUCAAAUGCAUUCAAUGGCUGACUUACUUGUCUGAGUGUAUACUGAACACAAAGCAAGAAACAGUCUCAUGGAGACACAUAUCUCUGUAACCAACUGAAUUUCUAUACAAUACUUGUUCACUCACUGCAACUAUAUGAUAGGCUUAGUAAGGGAGUAUAUGAGCUUACUACAUCCAAGUCUGUAAAUGAUCAGAAAUGGGAGUGCAUUAAAAAUAAAUUGCAUCCUUCACUUUUGUUAAUAAGACGGAACAUUUACACGG